CAGGUGUGGAUCCAUGGGGUAGCCCCAACGCAUCUGCCCCUCCGCCCCAAGCCAGCUCAUGGGCCACCUGGCCCAGCCCAGCCUCAGCACCCAGGGCCAGUGAACAGAGCCCUGGCUGAAACCCAAACAUGUGGGGCCUGGUGAGGCUCCUGCUGGCCUGGCUGGGUGGCUGGGGCUGCAUGGGGCGUCUGGCGGCCCCUGUCCGGGCCUGGGCAGGGUCCCGGGGACACCCAGGGCCUGCACUGCUGCGGACCCGAAGGAGCUGGGUCUGGAACCAGUUCUUUGUCAUUGAGGAGUAUGCCGGUCCAGAGCCCGUCCUCAUUGGCAAGCUGCACUCGGAUGUUGAUCGGGGAGAGGGCCGCACCAAGUACCUGUUGACCGGGGAGGGGGCAGGCACCGUGUUUGUGAUUGACGAGACCACAGGCAAUAUCCAUGUCACCAAGAGCCUGGACCGGGAGGAGAAGGCACAGUAUGUGCUACUGGCUCAAGCCGUGGACCGAGCUUCCAACCGGCCCCUGGAACCCCCGUCAGAGUUUAUCAUCAAAGUGCAAGACAUCAACGACAAUCCACCCAUUUUCCCCCUCGGGCCCUACCACGCCACCGUGCCGGAGAUGUCCAAUGUCGGGACGUCAGUGAUCCAGGUGACUGCUCACGAUGCCGAUGACCCCAGCUACGGGAACAGUGCCAAGCUGGUGUACACCAUUCUGGAUGGACUGCCUUUCUUCUCUGUGGACCCCCAGACUGGAGUGGUGCGUACAGCCAUCCCCAACAUGGACCGGGAGACACAGGAGGAGUUCUUGGUGGUGAUCCAGGCCAAGGACAUGGGUGGCCACAUGGGGGGGCUGUCGGGCAGCACUACAGUGACCGUCACCCUCAGCGAUGUCAACGACAACCCCCCCAAGUUCCCUCAGAACCUGUACCAGUUCUCUGUGGUGGAGACAGCUGGGCCCGGCACGCUGGUGGGCCGACUCCGGGCUCAGGACCCAGACCUGGGGGACAACGCUCUCAUGGCAUACAGCAUCCUGGAUGGGGAGGGGUCCGAGGCCUUCAGCAUCAGCACGGACUCCCAGGGUCGAGAUGGGCUUCUCACAGUCCGCAAGCCCCUAGACUUUGAGACCCGUCGUUCCUACUCCUUCCGUGUGGAGGCCACCAACACGCUCAUUGACCCAGCCUACCUGCGGCGAGGGCCCUUCAAGGAUGUGGCCUCGGUGCACGUGGCUGUGCAGGAUGCCCCAGAGCCACCUGCCUUCACCCAGGCUGCCUACCACCUGGUGGUGCCCGAGAACAAGGCUCCCGGGACCCUAGUGGGUCAGAUCUCAGCCGCUGACCUGGACUCCCCCGCCAGCCCAAUCAGGUACUCAAUCCUCCCUCACUCGGACCCAGAGCGUUGCUUCUCUAUCGAGCCCGAAGAAGGUACCAUCCACACAGCGGCGCCUCUGGAUCGUGAGGCUCGUGUCUGGCACAACCUCACGGUGCUGGCCACGGAGCUUGGCUGGAGCCAGGAGCCAGAAAGGGGCUGGGCAUCUCCUCUGGGGCUAAGUGGGAGUGCACCCACAGCCUCUCCUGAGAAAGCCCUGUUGGGAGCUCUGCAGGGGCCCCUUCAAGACAGCUCUGCACAGGCCUCACGUGUGCAAGUAGCCAUCCAGACCCUGGAUGAGAAUGACAACGCUCCCCAGCUGGCUGAGCCCUACGACACCUUUGUGUGCGAUUCUGCAGCCCCUGGCCAGCUGAUUCAGGUCAUCCGGGCCCUGGACAGAGAUGAAGUCGGCAACAGCAGCCGUGUCUCCUUUCAAGGUCCUCUGGGCCCCGAUGCCAACUUUACUGUCCGGGACAACCGAGAUGGCUCUGCCAGCCUGCUGCUGCCCUCCCGCCCUGCUCCCCCCCGCCAAGCCCCCUACCUGGUUCCCAUUGAUAUGUGGGACUGGGGGCAGCCGGCUCUGAGAAGCACUGCCACCGUGACCGUCAGUGUGUGCCGCUGCCGGCCCGAUGGCUCCGUGGCAUCCUGCUGGCCCGAGGCUCAGCUCUCAGCCACCGGGCUCAGCACCGGCGCCCUGCUGGCCAUCGUCACCUGUGUGGGCGCCCUGCUUGCCCUGGUGGUGCUCUUCGCGGCGCUGCGGCGGCAGAAGCAGGAAGCGCUGAUGGUGCUGGAGGAGGAGGACGUGCGCGAGAACAUCAUCACCUACGACGACGAGGGCGGCGGCGAGGAGGACACCGAGGCCUUCGACAUCGCGGCGCUGCAGAACCCCGACGGGACCUUUGUCUUUCUGUGA